AUGCGAAAGAAGAAGACCGAAACUUCAAUUUUGGCGGUGAUGCAGGAUGAAGCGCGGAAGCUUCUCGUCGAAAAGAAGCAUCCUGCCAUGGCAAUCUGCAUUCUUCUUGUACCUGAAGCCGACAGGCUGAAGCUCGAUGCGCUCACAGGAGACACUAGCUGUCAGUCGCGAACUAUGGUGCUACUCGAUACCGCUCAAGCGCUAAACACAUAUCUCCUUCGGAACGGCAAAUUGGAAGAGUUUCAACGUCUGGCAAGGGACUUUUUGGAACGACCUGUUGGAGAAAAGGCGCUCAAGGAGAUCAGAACCACUGAAGACGUCUUCUGCGGCAAGCCCAUCUCAGACAAUCUGGCUCAGUACUUGGAUCAUUUCAGCAACGUCGUUGGCGACGAGGUCUUGAAGGCGUGCGGAUUGUGUUAUAGCAACACCGAGAACAGCCUUUUCUUCAACGACGAGAACGGCGGCUACUUUUCGGACAUUAGCGAUCUCGCCUACAAGGCUGAAAUGCCCGGCACGAAGGAUGGGCUGCCUGUCCGCAAAGACCACACUUACGACCUUCGCGCCGCGCUGGGCGAGGCGUGCACCAAGGCAAUUUUCAAGAAGGCAGUGGACGCCAGCGCGGAUGGCUUUCAGCCGCCGAAUGCCCACGACGCGCCCACAAUUCAAUUGACGUUCGAGAAGCAGCUCGCCGCCGCCGUUGCGCAAGUUGUCUCCUCCUGCCCUCAGAAGGACGGAGCUGGCAUACCGGUCCAAGCCAUCGUCCCACAAACGCUAGUGGUGCUUGGCAACGCUUACCGUAACGGGCACAUGCUCAACCUGAGGAUCAGGCGCGUCCGAAUGUCCCCAGUUGAAAGCCGAAGAGACGACGAAGCGGAAGAAGAGAUAGCCGAGAGCGGCGACAGUCCGCGUCCACCACCGUACAAUUACAUGUUGACCGCCGCUCGUACUUUCCAGGCCAUCCCUAACCAAGCUACAGGACGUUUCGAGGUAGCAAGUGAAGUUUCGCCGGAGCAUGAGCACACAUUGGGCAUGAGCUUCGAUUUCUUCAGCUAUUACCUGCAAAAUGAGAACGGCGAGGGCCUGCUGAGCUCCUGUGACGACGUUUACUACGCGGCCAUCACAAGCGAUGAGAUGGAUCCGGUCUGGUCGCUGAUACUGCCAAGCUUGGUUGCGCAUAGCCCCUUCAGCGGCUAUGCAAAAGAUAAGAGCGCGGAUCAUGAUGCUUUCUACAAGAAGCUGUGUCCGCCCUCUCGCUCCUUGAUUCGUAGCCGCUAUCAACUGGAAGGGUUUGCGUUCGGGAGCGCGAAAGGGAACGACGACAGGCCCUCAUUGUACGAAUUGAUCAGUCAUUGUCGAAAGAUGAUGACUGAGUAUGAUCUUCAUGACAUUCGCGAAUUCCUCAGGGACGAAGCCAAUCGGGGUGGCUUCGAGCGUCGACGCAAGCCGCACCCGUGCGCUAUCCGACACAUUUGGAUUGGAUCUUACAAGGAGGUCAAAGCAGAAGGCAACAAACUUUUGCACGAGCGCCACAAGCAUCCCGACAUUGUUUGUCAAGGCCCUCUCUUUCGUCUUGGAAAAGGCGCGGCAAGCUUCAGAUCAUCACAAGAGGUGAAAGACUUUAUCAAAGAGAGACGAUGCUGCUCGAUGCGCGCCAAGACGCGCUAUGCAGAGGCUUAUCCUGAAAAUUGGGCCUACCUUCAAGACAGCGGAAAGGUAUAG